AUGGCUCUAAUCCUGAAAAUGAUACCUUAUAGGCCGUUUGAUAUUCGUCAGAAAGAGUCGUCGAAUUUCAACAAGAGCUUGUGGCAGUCCUGUAGUGAACUUCACUUGGAAAUGUUGGAUUAUACGGAGAAAUUCAUGCAUGCCUAUCCAGGGACGCCCAAAAUAGCUCAAGUAUGGCCAACGACACUGGCGCACGAAACAAUGAAAGACCUUUAUCAUGCUGAUGAACACUUCCUCAAGUUUUUCCAGAGGAAUCGUGCAAUCAUCGAUCGCUCGUUCGUGUUCUUUGUGGGUGAUCACGGACCGCGAAGAGAGGGUAUAGGCAAGGUUGCGCUCGGUCGGUAUGAAAAUCUCAAUCCAUUUCUCAUCGUUACUAUUCCGUCGUCAUACCGCAAUACUACAUUGCACCAGCAAGUGCGGCAGAAAAAAUUGAAGCUAAUGACACAUUUUGACAUUCACGCUACGCUUAUGGAUAUAUUGAAGGUUUGCAAAUGA